UCAAAAGGAGAUACACGUUAAUCGAUACCAGCUAUGACGCAGGGGAUCAACGGCCAGAUGCUUCCAGAUAUGCAAGUCUAUUAAAAAUCUGUUACCAAAUGAUUACUCAUGCAGCGGGUUCAAAAAAACAUACUGAGGAUGUCACACAUAAGUUACACGCAAUGAUUGAAUUAUAUACUGAGAAUCAAGAACCCCCAUCGAUUUCCCUCACUGGUUCGAAUGUUGGUUGUACUCAAAAUGACACAGGCACAGUGGGUAGCUCAAAACAAGUACUCAGUCCAUUAGUUGUCAGAGGGAAAGGCAGACCCCCAUCCCUGAGGAGAGCAUCCAGAAUGGAAAAAGAUAUGCGGAGAGUUAAAGGAAAGACAAAGAAAGCAGAAUUGAAACGGAAACAGAGAGAAGGCGGAGAUAUACCAGGGCAAGACACGUGCAGAAAUUUAUUUGGCCCAUCAGAGCUUGUCCAAGAGAAAUCCGUUAAUGUGGUUGGUGGAACCCAGCUCGGAGAAAGGAUGAUUGGGAGUCAAGAAAGUGGGUUGCGCUGACCUCUUGGUUAGCUUGCAUUCUGUAGCUGCCGAAAGUAAGCAUGAGAACUGUGUAUAGGAAGUUCUCAUGUUCAGAAAGGGGUGCUGUUGCGAAAGACCUUUCAAGCAACUCGUGAAACUUGUAAUGCAUUUUUGGAACAAUUGUCGUGGUUUUCCAAUAGGGGAGAGCUGCAGCUGCUGUUAUGAUCUUUAUUAUAUAUUUUUUUUUC